AUGUCUACAACAAAAUAUACAAAAACACAAGAUGAAACAUUACCUGAGGACGAUUCGGUGUCCUCCUCAUCCGAAACAUCCGAAACAAAAUCCUUGGAAGAUAAAACAUCCAUCCAACAAGAUAAUGAAGGAAUUUCACAAGAAACAUUAAAAAAUCCUCCAGAAAGUGAUAGUGAAGAGGCACAGUCUGAUGCAUUUGACCCGGAAACCGGGGAAAUUAAUUGGGAUUGUCCUUGUCUUGGAGGAAUGGCUAAAGGAACUUGUGGCGAACAAUUUAAAGCAGCAUUCUCAUGCUUUAUUUACUCUAAAGCUGAGCCAAAGGGGAUUGAUUGUCUAGAACAGUUCCAGAAUAUGAAAGAUUGUUUUAAACAACAUCCUGAAGAGUAUGGUGAAGGUUCGUACAAAAUUUUUUUAAUAGAUUUGAAUGUUUCUUAA